CACCCUGGAGACCCAGACCUCGGCUUUCAAAGCGGACCGGGUGGGAAGAGCUGUUUAUAUAAACACGGAUUCCGCUGUAAACGCGCUAAUAUCCUCGCCGCCAGCUCAUGGCGAGCGCUUCCCACGUCCACUCCUAGGAGCGGCGUGCCCGGCUGCCCCUCAGUUCUCAGCCUGUCCUGCCCCCGCCUCCUUCCCCUCUUAGACCAUGGCCACCUCUGGACGUCUCAGCUUCACCGUACGCAGCCUCCUGAAUUUACCCGAGCCGGACGCGCAGCACCGGCCCAGGCGGGAGCCAGAGCCACGCACCCCUGGUGCGGACCACUGGCUGGAGUCUGAGCGCAGCCACUAUCCCUCCUCGGACGAGAGCAGCCUGGAGACCAGCCCGCCAGACUCGCGGCGGGUGUCCUCUCAGCUUACGUCUCGGGGCUCGGACGCCGAGAAGAGGAAGAAACGGAGGGUGCUGUUCUCUAAAGCGCAGACACUGGAGUUGGAGCGACGCUUCCGGCAGCAGCGCUACCUAUCUGCUCCUGAGCGUGAACAGCUGGCGCGCCUGCUCCGCCUCACGCCCACUCAGGUCAAGAUCUGGUUCCAGAACCAUCGCUACAAGUUGAAACGGGCACGCGCACCGGGAGCCGCGGAGUCGCCAGACCUGGCAACCUCUGCUGAGCUGCACCCUGCGUCCGGCCUGCUGCGCCGCGUGGUGGUGCCCGUGCUGGUGCACGAUGGGCAGCCAUGCAACAGCAACAGUGAGGCCGGCACCGCGUCGGCCCAGGACAAGUACAGCUAUCCCGCGUCCGCGGCCUGCCCUUUGCCGGGCUACACGGCCUUCGGGCCCGGCUCGGCGCUCGGCCUCAUCCCCGCCUACCAGCAUUUAGCGCCCCCCGCCUUGGUCUCCUGGAAUUGGUGAGGCCACACGGGGUACUUGGGGGCUAUCCCAGACUUUGGAGCGCGCUGUGUAACCGCUGUAAGGCUACAGCCAAAGACCUAUAGCUGUCCGGAACCGCUCUUUGCAGGCCCCUUCCCUGCAGGUCCCACUUCGGGGAACUCUCUCUAGCCGUCGCGGAAGCACACGCAGUGAACUUUCUGCAAGAUCCUCCCUUUUGCUAAGAUCUCCCUUUCCCUGGACCUCCAACCCCAGACCUAGAUUUUACUGAGUCUUAUUUGUAUAUUUUAAAUAGCCAUUUGUAUGGGAAGCGACUUA